GUGAGCAGCAGAGAGAGUCAGAGUGGAAUAAACUUGAGGACACACAGACCGCAGAAUCACAACCAUGAAUGCUGUAAAUGCUGUGCAACUGUUCAUUCUGGUUUGGACCUUUACUGCUGUCUGUCAAGCUGAUAAAAAUGUAAGCUGUAAGAAUGUGACUGGAUAUGUGGGGAAAGAAGUACAUCUCACCUGCAGAGUCUCUCAGCAGUGUGCUAAAUACUGCUUUAAAAUGUUUAUGUUUCAAUACCCUAAGAGCUAUAAAAACUCAACAAUCUGUAAAGAAGAGCCUCCUGUGAACUCCUGUGAUCAGAGAAACAGCUUCACAUGCCGCUACACUCCAACUACUGCAAUGACAGAACAAUUCAGAUUCUUUGCGCAAACAAACUGUGGAACGGAAACAACAAAAUUUACCGUAGACAUAACAGGGCCCACUACACCUGCAGUUGUUACUGGAGCUCCUGGCGAGAAAGCGGAAUUCAAGGUCACGAACGUACCAGGACCAUCCGCACCAGACACAGCAGCAGGUCACGAAUCUAAGGUUUCUGUCUUCGCUGCAGCUGUGGGCUGUUUCAUCCUCAUCAUCCUCAUAAUGACAAUCAUUCACAACAGGAAACCAAACUUCACCAAAUCUUGUGGAUUCCAGAAGAGGAUGUUUCUGUGCAUCAAACAUGAUGAAGACAACACCACUCCUCCAGAAGAUGUGAUAUAAUAGCACUGACUCAGCAGUACGAGUUCUCAUGUGGUGCUCAUGAAACACACAGCUUUAUUUGAACUCCAGCAAGCUCCAUACUCUACUAUCUGUUACUGAAUAUAUAACUCUGGCUGUUGGUUUAAAACUAAAACUUCUAUUUAUAUUAAUUUCUGUGAAAUAACAGUAUAUUAUUGAUCUGUUCGAUCAGUGUGUAUAUUUGUAUAUGUGACUUUAAUGAACUCAAGCUUUUGUGAACUUUAAGAGGAAACACAGCAAAACUCAAACUGUGUUUGGUUUUGCUCUUUUUUUCCUGACUUUUAAGGAAUGUCUAUAAUGAAUGUCAAUUUUGUAUCUGGUACAGUAAAUGUCAAUAUAGCUGAAGUUUGGAAAUUAUAUUACUUCAUAUUCUGC